GAACAGUUACGAAGUUAUCUAAGUUACUGUAACCGAUCGGUCACAAUAGUUGUUGAUUAUCCCAGUGAUUUCCCAAUAUACUACUAUCUUUUUUGUGACAGAGCAGUUUGAGUUAAGUGAGUCGUGAAGGAUUCAUGUUGUAAACUAGCCUGCAAAGUUUGGAUGAUAUUUAAUGACUCCGAUACAUCCUGGAAUGUCCACUUCACAAGCAUCCGUCUCCGCAUUUUGCAGUAGUGCCUAGAAAGCUCACAUACCUUAAGUAGAUUGUUGACAAAGACUUAAGAUCAGUUUCAGUUCGGGAAGGACUGAUGGCCUGUGUUAGUCCUUGAAGGAAUUUCGUCAUUAACAACCCGUACAUUUUUUUACCUGGCAGUAUUGAUAGUCAUAUGUAGCUGAACCGGCGCAUUACUUCUGAAAAUUUAAGUAAAUUUCUGACUAAUCCACCCACAACUUAACGUGGUAGCCCAUUGGGAUUUCAUACUGCACAGGUUUUUAUGUGCUAUGAAGCAAUAACGAGAACCUCCGGUUCAAAAUUUGACUUGCUAUUCCGCGCCACAUAACCAAGAAUUAUUUUUCACUCUCUGGACGACGUAGUUUCCGAAUUAUUAUUUCAGACGCUUAAGCACAUAUUUAACGGUUGGAACGUGAUAGCAACAACAAAGUAAGUGCAAUUGACAAAAAUGAUCUAUAUGUGUUCCUUUGUUAUAAGGUACGAAAGCCUGAUGAUUGAAAGCUUUUUCCAAUGCGUUCACAACUAUUUGUUUAAUAUAAGUCAACUCUUGAUUCCUACCACUGAAGUUUGAAGAGGUGAGUUUGUUCACUCAAGGUCACCUGUUGGUUCGCGAUGUCGGAAGAUAUUGAAGUAACGCAUGAGGAUCAACAAAGGAUAAACAGCUUUGCAACGUGGAACUUAAAAUUUAAAGAUUAUACAUCCGGUUACGACCAAAAAAAAAAAGAGCUGGCAAAUCUGAAUGAUGCUGAGGAUGAGUUAGUUGUCGUCCAGGAGAGCUUACACCCAUAUCUUAUUGGGGAAACAUUUUUCCACUUGUCAAAUGAUGAAGUUGGAGAAGAGCUCUCAGCAGCCAAAGAAAAAGUGAAAUUGCGAAUGGUGGACCUCGAAGAACGAAUCAGCGACUGCAAAGUUCACAUGAACAAUUUAAAGAAAGAUCUUUAUGGCAAAUUCGGAAAUCAUAUUAAUCUCGAAGAGGACUAGUAUAAUGCCGCUUUCGAAAAGUAUCAACCAGUAUACUACAAGAGUUCGCGUAUUUAUUGGAGCCAAACUAAUUAUCUGUAUCAAUUGUAUUUCUAAUAAACAAUUCUAAAAAAAA